UGUAAGCACACAUACCAGGCCACCGCGAUAAUAAUACGAAUAAACAAUACUCUAAAUAAUAUCUUACAUUUGGGGGCUCAACCAGUCGCGUACUGCCUGUGUAAAGUGGAAAAAAUCAAAAAUUGUGUGUCUCAUGUCUCAGAGUCCGUCAGCAGACAAAGCGAGACGGAAAAGCAAAAAUUCGGUGCAAAAAAACUGCGCAUUAGACUCUCAGAAGCCGCAAGCAGAGGAAGCGAGACAGCGAGUGGGUGAAAAGAAGAACCGAGAAAAAAGGGUUGUUUCAAGCCGGCUGCCCACAAGAGUAUUGUGCAGUAGAAUUAUAAUGGAAAAUACAAGUGGACCACCAGCCGGGAAUAUGCAGCAAAACGAAGGCCCAAGUGGAUCAGAAGAAAACAGGAUCAAUCGCCAACAAAACGCGAUCGAGGAAGCGAUGAGGUCAACACUCCUAGAAGAAAACACACAGACGCUCCAACAGCUGGUUCAACUGCUCUCGAUGAAAAUAAAUGCUGAUGAAAUAGACAAGAAAAAUGAUGCAAAGCUGGUAGUGGAAAAUUUUGCCAAAAUUAUUCCAGAAUUCAACGGAGAAAAUAUGUCGGUACAGCAGUGGUUUAUUAACUUCGAGCUAAACGCUGAAGCAUACGGACUAAAUGACAAACAAAAAUACGUGCAAGCCCGAGCAAAAAUGACAGGUACAGCCGCUCUUUUUCUCGAGUCCACAGCAGUGUAUGAGUACGGCCAAUUGCGUCACCAACUUUUACAGGAGUUUGAGUGUGAGCGUUUAUGCAGUGCGCAAAUUCACAAUCAAUUGUCUAUGCGAGUAAAAAUGGCCGGCGAAAGUUUUCACGAAUAUAUACUACAGAUGAAACGCAUUGCUGCACGUGGGACAACAGACACGGAGUCGGUGAUUCGAUACAUUGUCGACGGACUGAAUUUAAAAACGGAUUAUAAGUACACUUUGUAUGGAUGCAGCUCAUACAAGCAGCUGCGAGAGAAGUACGAAAUCUACGAAAGAACGCUCGCGGUUGAUGGGGGUUUGGCCCCGAAACAAAAAGACUCACAGCCGUUCGGAAAGAAGUCCAAUUUCACCAAAUAUGAAAGGAAGCAACACUGCUACAAUUGUGGAUCCCAGGAGCAUCUACGCAAGGAUUGCCGAGCUGCAUUAAAGUGUUUCCGCUGCAAUUAGACUGGACACAUGUCUAAGGAUUGCCCGAGUGCUGCUGCCGUAAACGUUGCAUACGAGGAAAAACGCCUGAAGUCUCUUAAAAUUAACGACGUGCAAGUCAAGGGGCUCAUAGACACCGGUGCAGAUGUUUCCCUAUUAAAGAUGUCAGUGUUCGGCAAAAUGAGUGGUGUCCAUCUGCAAGCCAGUUCAUCAACUUUGAGGGGACUUGGAAACAACAUCACACGCUCCGCUGGGCAGUUUACGGCAGAAGUGGAGAUCGACGGAAUGCGACUGGCACACAAAUUCCUUGUGGUGGCCGAUCAUGCCGUCGGAUGCGAAUUGUUGCUUGGACACGACUUUAUAUCCAAGUUCACAAUGACAUCAACGCCAGGAGGAUAUAAGUUUUCUCCCCUGCCAGGGGAGGAAACUGUGGCACCAAACAGAUAAGUAUUUACAACGUGGUCGAAGCAAAUACUGACAUAAACAUUCCAUCGCAGUUCAGAGAUGCCGUCCAAUAAAUGAUUCAGGACUUUACUGAAAAGAAGCAGACUGCAGUGUGCCCUAUCAUGCUGAAGAUCGUACCGGACGAGAAAAUAGCGCCGUUUCGACAUUCGCCAAGUCGAGUGGCCAUCAGCGAAGCCGACGUUGUCAAGCAGCAGAUCGAUGAAUUUGCCAACGCUGGGAUAAUACGACGCUCAUCAUCAAAUUUCGCCAGUCGGACUGUAAUUGUCAAGAAAAAGGAUGGGAGCAGCUGGGUCUGCGUGGACUAUCGUCAGUUGAACAAGAUGGCCUUGAAAGAUUGUGCGCCUUUCGGUUUUUGCAAUUCACCAGCAGUUUUAAUCCGUUUUAUAAGUUUUGUAUUUCAAAACCUUAUAAAUGAAAACAUUCUUGACCUGUACAUGGACGAUAUGCACGUUAUGCACGCUGAAACCGCCGACGAAUGCCUGGGAAAGCUGAAGAAGGUUUUGGAUGCAGCAGCUGAAUACGGGCUGAAGAUAAAGUGGAAGAAGUGCCGAUUUCUGCAGUCGACCAUUAUCAAGCCUGGAUUGGAGAAAACCAAAGCCGUCAGCAAGUUCCCGAUGCCGUAAAACAUAAAGGCUGUGCAGUCGUUUUUAGGAUUAACUGGGUUUUUCCGUAAAUUCAUAAGAAACUAUUCGCUAAUCGCCAAUCCACUGACCAAUCUGCUGCGAAAAGAUGUCCCAUUUAAAAUGAGUCUGGAGGAGCAGCAGGCGUUCGCUACAUUAAAGGAAGCAUUGGUAAAAGAGCCGGUCUUGAAACUUUAUCGCAGGAAUGCAAAAACCGAGAUACACACUGAUGCGUCAAAGGACGGGUUUGCAGCGGCGUUGUUACAAUGGCACGAAGGACAAUUGCAUCCGAUCUUAUUCUGGAGUAAGAAAACCUCUGAAGCACGAAAGCAUAACUAUAUACAGGAAGCCAAAGCAAUUUUCCUAGCGUGCAAAAAAUUUCGUCAGUACAUACUUGGAACCAACUUUAAGCUCGUAACGGAUUGCGCUGCUUUCAAGCAAACGUUAAGCAAGAAGGACGUUCCGCGGGAGGUAGCCCAAUGGGUCCUGUACUUGCAGGACUACGACUUUGAAGUGGAACACAGACCAGGAGAACGGCUGAAGCAUGUGGAUUGCCUGAGUAGGUACCCAAUUGAUGUCAUGAUGGUAUCUUCGGAAGUCACAGCAAGAAUUAAGAAAGCCCAGCAGGAGGAUACGAUGAUCAAAGCAGUUUCCGAAAUUUUGAAAAGUAAACCAUAUGACAACUUUAAGUUGAAAGCUGGUCUCGUAUACAAAGUGGUGCAAGGCAAGGACUUGCUGGCAAUACCGAAGUCAUUAGAAAAAGAAAUAAUAACCGACGCUCACAACGCAGGACACUUUGCCGCUCAAAAAACAAUGCAUACCGUACAGCAGAGCUAUUGGAUUCCACAUCUGGAAGGAAAAGUAAUGCAGAUCAUAGGAAA